UUCCCAUCUCGUAUUUAAACUACAUCAACUCAAGUUCAGAAUGCAUUACUCCUAUUUGCAAUGGCAAUUUCUUCCCUUCUCUUCUUCGUCGUCCUCGUCUUCAUAGUAUUGAUCGACGGCCAAUGCCUCGAUCAUCAAAAAAACUUGUUACUCGACCUCAAGAGCGAGUUGGUAUUCAACUCUUCUCUAUCCCAAAAGCUAGUGACAUGGAAUCUAACAUACGAUUGCUGCGAAUGGGGCGGCGUGGAAUGCGACGGCGCUGGCAGUGUCGUCAGUCUCCUCCUCGACUACGAGAGCAUCUCCGGCCGAAUCGGUGAGUCAUCAACCCUUCUCCGUUUAACACACUUGUCGAAGCUCAGCCUCGCCGGAAAUGACUUCACCUCAACUCAGAUUCCUAAGAGCAUUCAUCUCCUCACAAAUUUGAAACACCUUGAUUUGUCACGUUCGGGUUUCACCGGAACAAUCCCAAACACACUUUCAAAUCUAACAAACUUAGUUCAUCUUGACUUAUCCGCAAACUCCCUCACUGGCUCACUUCCUUCUUUUCGUUCUUGCCACGGGCUCGACACCAUUGACCUUCGCGAUAAUCAUCUAACCGGAUCGCUCUCUCGCUUGGACUUCGGGAGCCUCACGAAUCUCUCUUACUUAGCUUUAGAGCAAAACUCAAUAAAUGGAAGCAUUCCUCGCAGUCUCUUCCUCCUGCCUUCGCUAAGUCUUCUCAUGCUAGCCAACAACCGAUUCAGUGGAGAAAUCGCAGAAUUUCCUAUUGCCAGCGAUCUUGAAUUGCUAGAUUUGAGUUAUAACAUGAUCAAAGGCCCUCUUCCUAGCUCAUUCUUCCGGUUUCCAAACAUUUUCUCCAUCCAACUCUCUAACAACUUGUUCAAUGGCACUUUUCAUCUGCGGAAGAUCCUAAGUCUUUCGAAGCUCGUGGAGUUGUCUCUUUCACACAACAAACUGUCAGUCGACACGACCAAUUUCGCCUCAAAUUUCGAUGGAAUCCACAGCGUUGGUGUAUUGCAUCUAGCAUCCUGCAAUCUCCACGAGUUUCCAUAUCUCAGAAACGUGAGGCAUUUGGAUCUUUCAAACAAUCACAUUGGUGGGGAAAUUCCUGGUUGGAUUUGGGAAACUGAAAAGGACUAUUUGAAUCUUUCUUUUAAUUAUUUAACGGGUUUGGAAAAGCAUCACUAUUUGCAUUCUUCUCAUCUAUUUAGUUACUCUGCUCUCUUGCUCGGAAACAAUAGACUAACCGGCGCGAUUCCAACCUCCUUCUGCAAAGCAUCUUCGUUCAGUGUUCUCGACUUGUCUUUCAAUAACUUGAGCGGUAGCAUACCUCCGUGCCUAUUCCAGAAUAGUACAGUGCUCAAUCUAAGAGGAAAUCAAAUCAGUGGUGUUAUCCUGGAUCAAUUUCCGGGUGAGUGUGGCCUAGAAACAUUGGAUGUUAGUAACAAUAAUUUGGGCGGGAAGCUUCCUAAGUCUCUGGGAAAUUGUAAGAGCUUAGCGUUGCUUAAUGUUAGAAACAACGACUUCGAGGGUAGUUUUCCUUGCAUGCUACCGUUGAGCUUGCGCAUACUUGUGUUGCGCUCCAACAGAUUCCAUGGAGACUUGAGAUGUCAUAAGAGUUGGCCGAAUCUUCAAAUUCUAGAUAUAUCAUCGAAUGAUUUCAGUGGGAAUGUGAGUCUGCUAAACUUCUCGAGCUGGAGUGGUAUGAUGCUAGAAAGGCGAAGGCCUAACCGAUCGAGCUCUGAUUAUCUACGCCCCGACUAUUUCUACCAGGACCAGGUGGUGAUAAUAGUCAAGGGAAAUGAUCUGGAGCUUGUCAAGAUUUGGCCUGACUUUACAUCCAUUGAUUUGUCUUCGAAUCGUUUUGAAGGAGAAAUACCAGAUGCAAUUGGUAAUCUUAGCUCGCUUUAUCUUCUCAACUUAUCCCACAAUGCUUUCAGUGGCGCCAUCCCAAAAUCAUUGGGUGGAUUGACAGAGCUUGGGUCACUCGACCUCUCUGCAAACCGGCUCAGGGGAAGAAUACCGGAGGAGCUCACGAAACUAACUUUCCUUUCAAUCAUGAAUGUGUCUUACAAUCAUCUGACAGGGAUGAUUCCAACUGGCCGUCAGUUCCAAACGCUUUCUGCGGAUUUGUUUGAAGGAAACGCGGGGUUAUGUGGUUUCCCACUCGACAGAAGUUGCAGCAGGCCUCCUCAUGGACCAUCAGAAGCAAAAGAUGAUGAUGCAACGCCAUUGGAAUCGGAGAUAGAGUGGGAAUAUGUGUUUGCUGCGUCUGGUUAUGUUGUGGGAAUAGGAAGCGUUGCGUGGACACUGUUAUGUUGCAGAAGGUUGAGAGAAAGAUACUUUGAGAAGAUAGAAGAGGUUGCUGACAAGAUAUUCUAUGAGAGAGGAAGGAGAAGAAGACAUGAAAGAAGAGUAAGAAGAAGAGAAGAGAGGAAUGCGGUUAGAAGAAGGCAUCAUCAGUGAGGUUGAGCAAUGUGGUUUGUGUUUAAUUAGCAUAUGAAAUGGUGAUGUAAAACUUUUCUAUUAGCAUUGUGUGAUUGUGUUUUUGUAAUACUAGAAUUGUGUGAUCUGCCUCUUUAAAAUUCACAAUAAAAGUUAUAAUUAAAUACUA